UUAUAGAAUAGGCACAAUCCUCCAUUACACUACCGCUGUUUUACUGAAAGAAGAAUUGAGAAUGGCGAGAAGGCGAUUGUUGCUGUUGUUAAAGCCAUUCGAUAUGUUACCAUCACGCCAAUUCGAUGAUAGUUCUCAUUUCAGAAACCCUAAGGGUUAUGUCCUCAUUGAGCUGAAGAUGUGUCAUGUCUUGUGUAAUCAUGUUUCUCCGCUUCUUACUUGGUCUACCUUUACAUCUAGUCAAACCUAUCACCGUUGACCUCUCGGACCUCCUCACUAGGGCAUUUGAGCUUCUGUUAUUCACAUGUACGAACCAUCUCAACAUCGCUUUCCGCAUCUUGUCUAUCACCGUGGCUACACUCACCUUGCCCCGUAUAUCUUCUUGACUGGUCAUCCAUCUAAGAAUCCUCAUUUCUGCUAUUUGAAGGCGUGACUUCAUGACUAGCCAACACUACACCCAAUACAACACAGUCGGUCUAACAACCACUCUAUAGAACUUACCUUUAGGUUUCGGUGACACAUUCUUAUCAAUAGGACACUGGAUGCGAGCCUAUAUUUCAUCCAUCCUGAUACAAUACGAUUUGCUACAUCCUCGUUGAUCUACCAUUUUCUUGGAUUAUUAACUCAAGAUACUUGAAGCUUCCACCUUCUUGUGGAUGACUUGUAUAUCAAUCCUCGCUUCCCCAUCCACCUCCAGUGAUGAGAAACUGAACAUGUAUUCCAGUACUCUUGAAACCAUUAGACUCUAGGCUUUGUCUCCAUAUCUCCAACUCCUUUGUACUCGUACUAGUUGAGGCAAUGGACAGGGGUGGCCUGCUUUGUGGCGUUCCGUGUUUAAAGGUGGAACAACAAUGGUUGAAGGAUGGUAGUUCAAGCUACCUAUUCAACUGACCACCCUUCCGCCACUUUAUCGCAGGUUAUAAAAUAUCUAGACAGUAGAUCUCUGGUUCAUAUGGAGGCUAUUAACUUCUGUCAGAAUAUUUUGAGGAAAAAGCAUGUCGAUUGGGAAGCUGUUUAUCGUUUUAAUCUAUGUCGGCCGAUCCGUGAUGUAGAUUUAGUAGUUACCAUAGGGGGAGAUGGUACGUUACUGCAGGCAAGCCAUUUUAUGGAUGAUUCCAUUCCUGUUCUAGGAGUAAAUUCUGACCCAACUCAAGCAGAAGAGGUUGAAGAUUGCAAUAAAGAAUUUGACGCUACAAGGAGUACAGGAUAUCUUUGUGCAGCAACUGUUAAGAACUUUGAACAAAUAAUAGAUGAUAUACUUGAAAAUCAUGCUAGACCUUCUGAAGUCUCAAGGAUGUCAAUCACUCACAACUCAAAGCAACUUCCGACUUACGCACUUAAUGAUGUUUUAAUUUGCCAUCCUUGCCCUGCUACAGUUUCUCGAUUCUCAUUCAGUAAAAAGAAAGAGGACCAGUCUUCUUCUUCAAUGGUGCAUUGCAGAUCAAGUGGACUUAGAGUGUCAACAGCUGCUGGGUCAACAGCAGCAAUGCUUUCAAGUGGUGGAUUUGCAAUGCCAAUUUUGUCCCGAGAUCUCCAGUAUAUAGUGAGAGAACCCAUUUCUCCUGGAGCUUAUAAUAGCCCGAUGCACGGUACUGUGAAGCCUGAGGAGUUGAUGGAGAUUGCAUGGUAUUGCAACGAAGGGCUGAUUUAUAUCGAUGGCUCUCAUAUUAUUCACUCUGUUCAACAUGGGGAUAUCAUUGAACUCUCUUGCAAAGCUCCAAAAUUGAAAAUUUUCUUGCCAUCUCACUUGAUAUCCUCAAAGCCUGCAGGGAUGACGGUUGUGGCCUAGGAUUCUGCUCUCUAGACUUGCAACUCCAGAAACACUAUUACGAGGAGAUGUGGAUCACAUUUCAAAGUAGUUCUAAUCAUGCAAAAGAGGUAGUUUCUAGUUGAAGAUGCUUAUAGACUUAUCAGUUAUCACAUUGUUUUAGUAUGAACAUUGAGGUGUCCGAGUUGAGUCCUCCUUAAGGAGAUGUUAUGAGGUUUAUCUAGGUUUCGAGUUAGUUACAUACACAUAAAGAAAACCCGAUUGGGAACUUGCUCUGAGAAAUCUGGCAUUGAAGAUAGGGAUACAAAGCAUAGACACUGGGAUACACAGUUUCCUUUUUAUAC